AUGCCACCAACUGUAAAACUUCACGAAACAACAGAUAAAAUUGAGGUAGGCAGAGGAGUUCGACAAGGGGAUACUAUUUCGCCUAAAGUUUUUACAGCUGUCCUUGAAUACGCAAUGAAAUCACUCUCUUGGGAGAAUAGGGGCAUAAAUAUCGAUGGUGAAAGGUUGACACAUCUAUUCGCAGAUAACAUCGUCCUUGUCUCACAUAACAUCGGAGAUUCAAAGCAGAUGCUCGAAGAAUUAGUGCAGGCCUUAUUAAAAGUCGGUCUCCGGAUAAAUACGAGUAAAACGCAAAUAAUGACAAACUUAGUGCUCACACAGAACAUCAGAAUAGGUGACGCAGACAUAAAAGAAACACAUAUAUACAAAUAUCUCGGGCACGAAAUACAAAUCGGAAAGAACAACCAAACACACGAGAUACAGCGCAGAAUAGGUUUGGGUUGGGCUGCUUUUGGCAAACUGCGGGAGACCUUUAAAAGUGAUAUACCCAUAUGCUUGAAGAGGAAAGUUUAUAAACAAUGCGUCUUGCCGAUGGUAAGAACUUAUAAACACCGUACAGAUAGACGCUCUUGGUCAGAAGACGUGCUUAUUGCCGCGUUGCACUCUAUUUUGCACGACCAUAAGUCAGUUAAUGCUGCCAGUAUUGAGCAUGGAAUCCCGGAAGCAACAUUAAGACGUUAUAUAAAAAAGCAAAAUAACAACGAACCAAUUCCUCUUAGUGGUGGGAGAUUCAGAAGAACGUUUUCUGAUGCUCAGGAAGCUCAGUUUGUGACCUACCUAACUGACCUGAGUAUUAGAGCAUUUGGAAUUACAUCAGUACAAUUUAGAAAACUAGCCUACGAAUUCGCUGAACUUAACAACAUAAACCAUCAGUUCUGCAAAACCACAAAAUUGGCAGGCACGGACUGGCUUAAGUCGUUCAUGAGUAGACAUAGGAUAAGUCUUAGGACCCCAGAGUCGACUUCGCUGGGACGAUUAUUCGGAUUUAAUAAAGUUGAAGUAACUAGAUUUUUUGAGUUACUUAGAGAAACUAGAUUAAAAUACAAUUUUACUGCUGACCGCAUUUAUAAUGCAGAUGAAUCGGGAUUAUCAACGGUUCCCAAUAAAAAGCCAAAGAUUUUAUCGCCCACUGGUUCUAGGAGAGUAUCAAAAGUUGCUAGUGGUGAGCGUGGAAAAAACACCACCGUUGUAUGUGCCAUGAACGCCCAAGGGAGCUACGUUCCACCCUUUUUUAUUUUUGGAAGAGUUAGGAUGCGACCAGAUCUUUUAAAUGGAUGUCCUCCAAACUCUGCUGGUAUAGCUCAACCCAGUGGAUGGAUGAAUACAGAAGCCUUUGUCCUAUACCUUAAACAUUUCGUGAAAUUUGUUCGCCCAAACACAGAGACACCCGUAUUGUUGAUCGUUGACAAUCACUCGUCUCACACUUCACUGGAAGCUAUCAAUUAUUGUAGGGAUAAUGGAGUGGUUAUGUUGGGACUACCCCCGCACAGUACCCACCGCCUACAACCGUUGGACGUUGGGUUUUUUGGACCUCUCAAGACUUUCUAUAGCCAGACUUGUGAUAACUAUUUGGUAAACCACCCGGGAAAACAAAUCACCGAUAAAGAAGUUGGUAGGUUGUUCGGGCAAGCUUAUCUAAGGGCUGCAACUGUGGGAACAGCUAUAAAAAGUUUUUCCGCUUGCGGCAUUGAGCCUUUUAAUGCUGAAAUCUUUGGAGAUUCCGAUUUUGCGCCUUCUAUGGUGAGUGAGAGGCACGUAACUGCGGACAACGAGUUCUUAAGCAGUGACGAUGAACCACUAGCAGUUCCUGGGUCUUCAGGCUCAAAUAGAAUUGAUCAAGCCAAAACAAAAAACAAUGAAAUACAAGAUGGUAAACCACCAGCGGUUUUCAACAAAACUGAGCCAGAAAAGCUUGUGAAUUUAAUUCUCCCAGGACCCUCAGGAUUGAAUAAAAUGGAUUCUGCAAAGAAUAAAAACUAUGAAACACCAGAUGUUGAACCCCCAUUGCUUUCCAAAAAAAAUCAGCCGGCAAGGUCAAUGAAUUUGUCCCUUCCUGGACCUUCAGGCCUACAGCAAAAAAAAUCUGCAAAAAACAAUGAAGCACAAGCUCUUGGCACUAUGAGUUCAUCCAGCUCCAGUCAAACAAUCUCUAAUGUUGAUAGUCGAGUUACGCUACUUGAAAUGAGACCCUUUCCCAAAUAUACACGUCCCAUAAAAACUACCAAAAGAAUUAAACAAAGGGCUUCUGUUAUCACCUCAACACCCAACAAAGAAGAACAGGAAAGAAAAAACAAUGAAAAAAACUUAAAAGAAAUUAAAAGAAGGAAGGUUGAUUCUGUGAAAGUCAAGAGAAAUGUAUUUCAAGAAAAUCGUGAAAAGCAGGUAGGAAAGAAGAAGAAAACUAAUGACAUUUUUUGUCCUGGCUGCCAGGAAUCCUAUAUUGAGCCUCCUACAGAAGACUGGAUUCAAUGUAACACGUGCGAGAGUUGGUGGCACGAGUCGUGCACAGCCUACGAAAAAGAUGGCACAUAUACCCGCGACAUUUGUUUAUAA